UAAUUAGCAACUAGUGAGAUCAUAGUCUGGGGACGUUCUGGCAUUACUGAGGCAAAGCCAGGGAAGCUUUGUACCUCAUCACGCAUGGCUCCAGCUCUAACAGCAUUUCUGCUGAGGAAACUCUGUCCUUCUGGAACUUAAGUACGAAAGCAGAGGAAGAGAAAGAGUUGUGCCUGGGAAAUGGGCUAGCCCAGAUUCUGUGGUUUGUGGCAUGUUGAAAACAGGCAUAUUGAAUGAACCAGAGUGAAUUGUCACUUCUUUUGCUAUUUUUUCCCCUUGCUGAUUUCUUUACAGAAGAUUGUAAAGCUACAUUUUCCUUGCACAGAGGAGGAGGAUCGAUCAGGCAAGCUCUAUUUUAUGGAGCAGUAUGAGAUUGGGAAAUAUUCUAGGUUUUGAAGGCAGCAUACAUUCUAAUCGUAGGUCCAUUCUUCAGUACCAAAUUUGACCUUCUUAGGAGCCUGGAGAGACACUUUACACUUGUGAUCUGAGUAAAGGGUUUUCUUGACUGCUGAUGUCCUUCAACACUGGGAGCUUGAAACAGUAUUUCCCAAAAUGUGUUUCAAGGAUUGUUUGUCCCCUAAGAUACUUUGGAGACAGUGAGUUCCAUAAUCAGGUUCGUGAAACACAGCAUUCUGUUUCCUCCCAGCUUUCGCCAUGCUCGUUAGUAUAUUAAAAGCCUCUAAGCGGUUCUGCCAUAAGCAGUUUUCUAAAGUAUUUUGACACAGCAGUCCUAUUUUCAUGUAAAAGCUAUUAAUAUCUGGAGAACUAGUGUAUUUAAGAUACAUACUUUGGGAAUGCCAGGCUAUAUUAUCAUUAGGAAAAAUAAUUGGGUCUAGUCUUAGUUUAGGCAAAGCCUAAUUCUGUCUUUGAUCCCCAGUCCCUCCCACUGGUCCCUUGGAGAGCUCUCCGGUGUGAUCAGAAGAGCAGCUCCUGUUAUCCCUGGGCUAAUGAAGCCUAGCCCCAGCUGGAUUGGAACCGAAGGCCUUCCUUCCACUGGGAAGGAUGCUGUGCUACUCCUCUCAUUAUUCUAAGAGUGACUGAGACUGGAGGGACUGAAGGAAAACAAAAGUAGGAGAAUGUUGGCUGGAAUCAGUAGAGAAAUGACCUAAUCUUGAGAAACCAGACAUCAGUGCUAGGUGCUUUCUUUUUCAAUGAGAGUUGUGUAUGUAGGCUUGGAAGGGGGAUGUCUUAGGAUAGGAAUGCUAAUUUCUCUUUUCCCCUGGGCAGAAUCCUAAUGCACCUGGCUAGCUGGUGGUGAGCAGGGGCUUUGGGGCCAACGUGGUGGGCUCCCCAAGGACACCCCUUUGAAACCAAUGGAUGCAUUCACGGGCUCGGGUCUCAAGAGGAAGUUUGAUGAUGUGGAUGUGGGCUCAUCAGUUUCCAACUCAGAUGAUGAGAUCUCCAGCAGUGACAGUGCUGACAGCUGCGACAGCCUCAAUCCUCCUACAACUGCCAGUUUCACACCUACAUCCAUCCUGAAGCGGCAGAAACAGUUGCGGAGGAAGAAUGUACGCUUUGACCAGGUGACUGUAUACUACUUUGCCCGGCGCCAGGGUUUCACCAGUGUGCCCAGCCAGGGUGGUAGCUCUCUGGGCAUGGCCCAGCGCCAUAACUCUGUACGCAGCUACACACUCUGUGAGUUUGCUCAAGAGCAGGAGGUGAACCAUCGAGAGAUUCUUCGUGAACACUUGAAGGAGGAAAAGCUCCAUGCCAAGAAAAUGAAGCUAACCAAGAAUGGGACAGUGGAGUCAGUGGAGGCCGAUGGCCUGACUCUGGAUGACGUUUCCGAUGAAGAUAUUGAUGUGGAAAACGUGGAGGUGGAUGAUUACUUCUUCCUGCAGCCUCUACCCACCAAAAGGAGAAGGGCCCUGCUGCGAGCUUCUGGGGUCCACCGCAUUGAUGCGGAAGAAAAACAAGAACUUCGAGCCAUCCGCCUGUCACGGGAAGAGUGUGGUUGUGACUGUCGGCUGUAUUGUGACCCAGAGGCAUGUGCCUGUAGCCAGGCCGGGAUUAAAUGCCAGGUGGAUCGCAUGUCCUUUCCAUGUGGCUGUUCCCGGGAUGGCUGUGGGAACAUGGCUGGGCGCAUUGAAUUUAAUCCAAUCCGGGUCCGGACUCAUUACCUCCACACCAUCAUGAAGCUAGAGCUGGAGAGCAAGCGGCAAGUGAGCCGCCCGGCAGCCCCGGAUGAGGAGCCUUCACCUCCUGCCAGCUGCAGCCUGGCAAGUACACAGGGCUCGGAGACACAGGACUUCCAGGAGUUUAUUGCUGAGAAUGAGACAGCAGUGAUGCAUCUGCAGAGUGCGGAGGAACUGGAGCGGCUCAAAGCAGAGGAAGACUCCAGUGGCUCUAGUGCCAGCCUGGACUCAAGCAUGGAAAGCCUGGGUGUGUGUAUCCUGGAGGAGCCCCUGGCUGUUUCCGAAGAGCUGUGCCCAGGCCUUACGGCCCCCAUUCUCAUCCAGGCUCAGCUGGCCCCUGGCUCCUCUGUCCUGUGUUUUGCUGAGAACUCGGACCACCCAACUGCCUCAUCCGUGAACCCCCCAUCUUACUUGAACAGUGGGCCUCUGGUCUAUUACCAGGUAGAGCAGAGGCCAGUCCUGGGAGUAAAAGGAGAGCCUGGUACAGAAGAAGGCCCAGCCUCUUUCCCCAAGGAGAAGGAUCUGAGUGUCUUCUCUCUCCCUGUUACCUCACUGGUGGCUUGCAGCCCCACAGACCCAGCUGCCCUCUGUAAAUCAGAGGUGGGCAAAACACCCACCCUAGAAGCGCUAUUGCCCGAAGAUUGUAACUCUGAGGAGCCUGAGAACGAAGACUUCCACCCCUCUUGGUCCCCCUCAAGCCUCCCCUUCCGCACAGACAAUGAAGAGGGCUGUGGGGUGGAGAAGACCCCACAGCAGAGUGAGGACCGGCCCUCUGAAGAGUCUUCUCUAGAACUCCCCCUGGCAGUGUGACAUGGGGAUGGAGAUUCUGCCUCUUACCCAUUCUAUUUAUUCCCUUAUUUUAUCUAAUGCCAUUUCAAAACAAAACUGUAGAAGCAGCUGCUGCUCCCAUGUUAUUUUAUUGGGGUCUUUGGGGAAUGGGUGGGAAAGGAUUGUUUAUACAAGUAUUUUUAAAAAGAGAAACAGUACUGGGAGACUAGCCAGAGGAGGCUGGAUAGUCCCAAAUACUGAGCUUUCUGGGCCAUUGGAACAAAGAACUAGGAUCUUACAGGAGAAGCUGGGUACUUCAAGCAGCUAUUCUUUAUGUAGGGACCAGAACAUAAGAAUUCGAACAGCACGGCAAAGCCCCUUCUCCUCUCCUACGCUCCAGGUGAGGUACAAGCUCAUUUUUCUUAGUGGUUAUCUUGAUAUCCCGUUUUGGUGUACCAUAAUAUUACAAUUGGAAAUGUCACCUGGUCCUGUCUAGCAAGGAGGGGGCUGAAGGGUCUCUGCUUCUGUACAAAACCUCGAGGAUUUAUAAAAACUUAACGUGCUUUCCCCCAGCCCCCUAGUUGGUAAAUAAGUUAAUAUUUGACAUGUUUGGUGUUCUCCAACCUGUUCCCCACACUGGGGACUCCUGGUCUGUUAACUUGAAUUGUUUUCCACAUGUUCUUAGGUACUGGAGUUAAACUUGUCUGUCCUUCCAUCCACUUUUCUCUGAAGAGCUAGCCUGGCUGGGAUGUGGUAUAAAGAACCUAUGUCUUCUGUGUGUCUAACACUAGCUCUGGCAGGGGGCGUUAGGCGGGGCCUCGCCCACUCCCGGAGAGACCUGUAU